AUGGUCUUCGACUUCGAGACGGGCGCGCCCGUGCGCGAUCUGGGCUGGGUCCACGACGGCCGCUGCGGCGUCCUCGCGUGGAACCCGGAGACGCGGACGCUGACGACGGGGUCGCGCGACAGCUGCAUCUGGGACCUGGACCUGCGGUGCCCCGGCUUCCCGAAGACGGCGCUGCGGUCCAAGCACACGCAGGAGGUCUGCGGGUUGGCGUGGAGCCCCGACGGGCGGACGCUCGCCUCCGGCGGCAACGAGAACCUGCUGUGCCUCUGGGACGCGCGCUGCUCGCGGCCGGAGCCCCGCGUCGCCUCCAAGGCCCACGCCGCGGCCGUCAAGGCCAUCGCCUGGUCCCCGGACAAGCGGUCGCUCCUCGCGACGGGCGGCGGCACGCUGGACCAGACCGUGAAGCUCUGGAACGCGUCGUCGGGCGCCGUGCUCGAGUCGAAAGCGACAGGCACGCAGGUCACGGGCCUCGCGUGGUCCAAGGACACGGGCCAGCUCCUGUCGUCGCACGGCUUCUCGCAGAACCAGCUCUGCGUCUGGCGCUGGGACGCGGCGAAACGGUCCCUGGACAAGCUCAUCGAGAUGCGCAAGCACACGGCGCGCGUGCUCGCGCUCGCGCAGUCGCCGGACUUCUCGCGCGUCGCGUCCGUGGGCUCCGACGAGGUCCUCAUGAUCUGGAGCGUCUUCGACGCGCGCGCGGACGCGGGCCGGGGCGCGCUCGUCGGCAAGCACCGCGACGUCCGCCGCUGGGACCCCGUCUUCGCCGGCGGCGCGGGGCUAAGGUGA